AUGCCGCCUAUGCAGCCGCCUUCCUCAAGGCCGCUGCCAACAGGCGAUCGAGGCCCCAUCGUCAAUGCCCUGCAGAUUAUCAUGAUACUAACGGCGUCAAGUGCGGUUCUGCUGCGCUUCGUGGCGCGUCAUUUCAGCUCUGCCGGGCUUUGGUGGGAUGACUGGCUGAUCUUGGCGGCUCUAGUAUGUUUUGUCCUGUAUUGGGGUUUGUUGCUGCUACAUGGCCGAGCUGACUUUCGAUUUCCCAGAUCUUGAGCGUUGGAAUGAACAUCAACAACUAUGUCGGCAAGUGUCGAGGAGUGUAGCAGCCGCCAAGCCCGGACGUGAUGGCUGACGACUUGCAGCGACAUCGUUAGGACUGGGCAAGCAUAUCUGGGAGGUCCAAGAUGGAGGCCACGGCUAUCUGCGGAGCCUCUUCGCGUUGGAGGUUAUCUACACGACGGCACUCGCGCUCAAUAAAUUGAGCAUCCUGAUGAUGUAUCAGCGCCUCUUCGGCAUUGAUCGCAGGCUCACGUUGGCUGUGAAGGUCGUAGCAGCCGUCGUGAUUGCUUGGUGGGCGGGAGUCGAUAUUGCCACAUUCCUGCAGUGUGAGCCCAUCGAAAGGUUUUGGGAAUACUCGACGGUCGGGAAAUGCUUCGACGUCGUCGACUUCUUCGAGGGAUCUGCCAUUCCGAACGUCAUCGCCGACGUAUUGAUCUUGCUUCUCCCUCAGCCGAUCCUGUGGAAGCUUCAGAUGAGUUGGAGUAACAAGCUGGCCUUGUGCGGGAUCUUCUUGCUGGGAGCUUUGUAA